AGUCAUCUUGAAGAAGAGAUUUGAGGUUUUACUUCUAUCUCAAGUAGUCAUGACCAUGAAGGAGAUUAAAGAAGAAGACUUUUCUGAUUUUCUCCAAGAGUAUUCAAGGCGAACCCAAGAGGAUGAUUCAACCAGCAAAGAAGAAAUGAGUCCUGCAAUAAAAAUGGAAGAGGAGUCCAAUGUUACAGGAAACAGUCAUGAUGGUAUGAGGUUUAUCAGCAAGGUGUCAGAAUCAUCCCAACUGGUUACAAUAAAGAAGGAGAUCAAAGAAGAAGACGUUGAUUUUCUCCAAGAGUAUUUAUGGCAACCACGACAAGAUGAUUCAACAAGCACAACAACCUGCAAAGAAGAAAUCAUCCCUGCAAUGGACAUUAAAGAGGAGGAGGAGUCCAAUGUUACAGGAAACAGUCAUGAUGGAAUGAAUUUUACCAGCAAGGAGUCAGAAUCAUCCCAAUUGGUCACAAUAAAGAAGGAGAUCAAAAGAGAGGACUUUGAAGACUCCUUGCACAGAAUACAAGAGAAUGAUGACACAAAAUCAUCUUUCUUUAAGGAAGAAAAUUGUUCAUCCGUGGAUAUUGAAGAAGAAAUUGACCAUAACCUGAUCGAGAAUGGCAACAAUGGCAUGUCCCCUACAAGUGUCCCUGUGGUCAACAUGCAUGCUGGGAGGACACUUCAGUGCAACACAUGUGGAAAGGUGUUUAAACAUUCAGGACAUUUAAGGCGACACCAGAAUGUUCAUACUGGUGAAAAGACUUACCCUUGUAAAACAUGUGGAAAAUCUUUUACAAAAAAAGAUAAUCUUCGGGUACACAAGAUGAUUCAUACUGGAGAAAAGCCUUUUCCUUGUACAACAUGUGGUAAGUCCUUCAGAGAAAGACAAGGUUUAAAGAGACACCAGAGGACUCACACUGGUGAAAAGCCUUACCAAUGUGCCACAUGUGGAAAGGCCUUUACACUGGCAUAUAAUUUAAGAAGUCACCAGAGGACCCACACUGGAGAAAAGUAAAUGUACCACUGAGUAGAUUGGCCAGAUAUGUGUAAAGAAAAAAAAUCAGUUGGCAAAGUUUUUUUAUAUGCAACAUAAUAAGAAUGCUAAAAUUAUUUCACUGCUAUAACAUGAAGGAAAAAUCUGCAAUUUCCUGAAAGGUCUUUUUCAAAAGUUAAAUUAAAUAUCCCUGUUUGCUCUGACAAGGCAAUUGUCCUGAAUACUUUAUUAUCUCAUUACCUUUAAGACAUGAUUUCCAAAAACAACUAAAUAAAUUAGUGUUUUAGACACGCUCCCAUGAAUUUAAGGAUACAUGUUAAUUUUGUGAGAAGAAACAUGUUGUAUGUGACUCCAUGUAAAAUAUGAAUGUAUUGCACUCUGUACAUGUUUACCGCUAUCUACUAUAUGUAAAUGGUUACUGUAUAUGGCGAAGUGACUGAGACAACAAGUGGAUAUAGUAAACAUAUUUUUCUUUUCUUGUGUUGGCUCAUGGAACAUGUUAGCAGUAGAUGAUUAUUGUGCAUAUGCAUAUUUAUGUAUGUCUGACUGAGCCACUGUAAUACUAUGCUGAGAGGAGAUUCCUUAAUGUAAGGUGCUUCUCUUGCU